CCCCUUUUUUGUACGACAAUAUGCAUAUGAGUGCGCUGGAGCCAUAUUGGAUAUGUUUAUUUUCCCCUUUUCUGUUCUUAAAAACAGAAAGACAUGAAAUGGGACAAGACUUAAACUUUUUUUUCUCAUUACAUUCCCUACUUAUUUUCAGUUACGAUUUAUUUACUUUGAAAAAGAACAUUCAGAAUCUCCAGCCAAUUCCUCUUUCUGGAUCAGCGUCAGCCACUGACACUGCCCAAAGUGCAUUUAGCUCUCGAACCAAUAGCCAUCAAGCUUCUGUAUCAAGCGGAUAUAUAUACGUCUCGGCGCUCAAUCGGCAGGCAAAUCAAUGAAACAGGAUACUUUUUUGCUUCUUUGUUAGUGAUAUUGAAUGUGCUGUGCUCUUUAUUAUGACGACUUAGAUAGAACGGUGACAACUAUCUAGGGGAGAAAAGAUCAACAUGUUUCAAAUGCAUUAAUAAUUCGGAAUAAUUCCAUUAAGUCUGAUAACGGUAAAACACUUUUUGCUCAUGCUGCAGGCGCGUCUUUGGUGAUUUACGUUACAUGCACUGUACACAUCAAUACUUCUUGCGGUUGUACACAUUCAAGUUUCCUUUUGAGUCGAGUGAAACCCGUCAGUCGUUGAAAUCAAAGACUGUACAUCAAGAUGAUGGCUACAAAUGACGUCAUUACUAUGCUGUCUUCCGAGCCAAUGAAAGAGGCUGAGUUUUCUUACUUUACAUCGGACAUCAAAGAUGUACAAAAAAACAAGGUUAAAAGAAGGUGUUAUUUUAGAGCUUUAUCAAGAGAGAAAUAUCUUGUUCUUCAUUCAGCCAAAGCAGAUGAUGAAUGUCUGAGAUAUAGACCCCGUCAAAUCACCAGGAUUGUCGAGCCCGAGAAGAAAUUUCUUUGCGUGGAAUAUGGACCUGAUGAUGGUCCAAUGUAUAUGCUACUUGAUUUUAAUGAUUCAAGUGAAAACAUGGAUGAAUGGGAAAGUGCUUUAUAUCAGUUGAUGGGAUUAGAAAAUAAGAUUCGUGAUAGAACCAAAUCAGAGAGUUUGAGACGUAGACCAUCAGCCAACAAAACAAAGAGAGCCGUCUCGACAUUUCAGCCCACCAAUCCAACCAUAACUACGAUUCCAGAAAAACCAGGCGUACAAAAUAAUCAAGAAUUAGAAGACGAAACGGACAUCGAGUCACAAUCCGUCGCCACGACCACGGAUGGUGAAUCAUCAUCGCAGGAGCAAGAAACACGUGACAGAGUCGACUCUGAUGUCGACAAUGUAUCAAUGACCGGUUCGGAUGUGAUUUCACCAUACUGCAGUUUAAAAUCAGAGGGAGACGAUGAACAUUACAGAAAGGAAAACCAACUAAGAUUGUUGGAAGAGGAAAGAGAUAAGGAAUUCGUGGACGUUGAUGUUUGUGUCGAUGAAGUACAAAGACUGACCGUAUCAGACUAUGGCGAUCAAGUCUAUGUGGGCAAUGUUGCAGAAGAUGCCCCGUCGAACAUUUGCAUUGGUGACAAGUUAUUGAAGAUGGAUAAUGAGAACAUCAACACUGCGCAGGAUGCUAUGAAUAUGAUUAGGGGUUUAAAGGCAGAGAAAACUCGGGUCUCUGUGCGGCUAGUACGUUUUCCCAAAGGCAAUAUCUGUGUGGUUGGAUCAGAUGUAAGAAGCUUGAAUGAACUGGGGAUAGUAGUUCAAGGAAGUGAGAUUACAUCGACACAAGGCAAAUUCAGACGAUCAUGUGACCCAGCUUGGGUAUCUGUUAAAGGUGAACGAUCAACUCGAUCAAUAACAGCUAUCAACGAUCACCCAGUCUCGCUUCAAGCAAACACACAGCAAGUGACCGAUAUGAUCCAAGAAGCAUUAUUUGAUGAUUUCAAUGUUGUCUUCCAUGUUCAUCCAACUGAUUUCCUCAAGGAACUAGCUUCAUCUAGCAGUACCAAUCUCUGAACACUCGACCAGACUAUUAAUCAAUGAAAGACACAAGUGAUGAGAGAGAGGUUGUCAAGCCAGCAUGAAAGGAGCCCUUUUCAAGAAACAAAUAGCGUGAAACAUUUUCUGCAAUGGACACAUUAAAAGCAUUGAUCACUACCACUGAUUUCAUAAUGAGUAUUCUUUUCCUUGAAACCUCUGAGUCUGACAGAAUCGAACAGUUUUCUGUAAAUAUAUUAUGUUGGCAUCACUUGGUGUAGUUAUGUUGGAUAUUGUCCUCCUCUGAAAGUUAGGGAGUGUUUCAUGAAGUGAAAGUGAUUUGACAUUCUUGUUUAUACAUAUUGUCUUUCGGACAAUCAUAUGCCCAGGUCUCGAUGACCUUAACACUGAGAGGUACACAUAGAGAUAUAUUGCGUUAUCUCUAUGGAGGUACAUGACUUCUGAGGUCUAAGUAAAUCAACUUUCAGUUAUCAAAUUGGCAACAAUUUUCUGUACUUUGGUAGUAUGUUUUUCUCAUAGAGAUUAUUAGUAUACAUCUCUAUGGUUUUUCUACGCAACUCAAGUAAAAAUGAAAUUCCAAAGUGUACUUAAAAAGUUGCCAGUUUAGAUAUUUAAAUAGUGAUUAAUUAAAUUUCCAUUGUGUUGCCAUUUUAAAGAGUGUAAUGAUUAGUAUGAUUUUAUUCGGGAAUAGGACAACAUACCACAUAAAAAAAUCAAUGAAACAUUAUUAGUACAUUCUACUCUUUCUGCUAUAAUAAGUAUUUAUGACAAAAACAAUUCUGCAGAAGUGUCUCUCAAGAGAUGCUGGCAUUGAGAUCCAAGGAACAUCCUAAAGCAGAUUUACCAAUGCAGCUGAAUGAAGUAAUCAUAAAUUCUUCAAUAUUUAUUGUAUAUCAUACUGCAGCUUGUAUGUUUUAUUUUUUACUUCCUUUGAUAAUUCCAAUUGUUAUAAUACUCCUUCCACAUCAUUUUGUUCAAAUGUAAAUACAUGUAAAUACAGUAUAACGCUUCCGACUCAGAAAAGAUCAUUAAAUGAAACAAAAUACUGUAGAAUCAAUGAUAUAUAUACAAUGAUAAUGAAAUGUAUCAUAUCCACUUUGCAGUGUACUCCAGGGGAUAAUUGUCAUUAUAACAUUGGCUUCACAAUCAUUUCAAGGAAUAUGUUACACUUUUAUUUCAUAUCCAUCUGUUUGAAGGUUAAAACUAUUUUUCUUUUUCUUCCUGCUGAUGGAGGUAACCAGACCUGUUGUCUGAGCAUUGCACCAUCAAGAUCUAGAGAGAGAUUGAAACCCUAAGGUCUAGCAGUAUACAUAUCAUGUCUAUGUUUUGCUAUACAUAUCAUUCUCUGUGUACAAGUCUUUUCAUUGUAUACUUUCAUAAAUAUUUCAUUCAUGUGCUAGCAGGAUAUCACGAGUAAUAAACUUGCAAUAUCAUUUCCAUUGUAAUUGUCAAAUUUGAAAUUUCGGAGUAAGUACCAUAUUCAUACCAGAGUAGAUAGUAGAAAAAAAAUGUAUAAAGUAUCAUUAUAAGCAUCAACAUUAUUGAACAAGCAAGUCAAUGAGCAUAUGGGUGGCUGUAAAGGUUUGCAUAUCUAUGGUAUUUCAAAUAUCUAUGGCAUUAUUCUUGUAUUGCAAAUAUUUUAUAUGCCUUAUUUACAGCAGUUUAUAUUUUUACCAAAAGAAAAAAAAAGACCUAAAUUGUACAAAAAUACCAAUAUUGUGUCAAUCUGCUUUGCAGUAUACAUUUAUAUAUGAAAAAGGAAAUUCUGUAACAUAUAUAUUAUUGUAUCACAUAUGUUUUAUUUUAAGUUAUUGUUUUAUAUCAAGUAAAAGAUAUAUGCACUGGCAGAUCAUUUGAAAAGAAAAUGGAUAAUAAAUUGACUGAAAGUGAACCUUUUCU